AUGGCGACUUUGCUGGGGAAAAGUUUAUUUGAAGUCAGUGGUCAAGGCCCUGCACCCAAUAAAGACUUCUUCCAAUUUUCUGUCACCAAGACAGAGGUUAUUUGGAGAUGGUGGAAGAUUUCUUUGAGAAGUGAUGGUAGGAACACAAAGCCAGGAGAACUGAGGGAGUCUCACAAGGACUUCUUGGAUGACAGCCGGCUUCAGAGUCAGCUGAGUGUGGUGUUUGGCCCACGGAUCCUUCAGUACAGCCAGGCACUAUGUCAGGGUCACUAUGACUACCUGGAGCGUCUGCCCGACCCCCUGCUGCUCCACAUCCUGACCCAUCUGGAACUGGAGGACGUGGCACGGCUUGGACACACCUCACACAGGUUCAGGAAGCUGUGUCGUUCGGAGGAGUUCUGGGAGCAGGCGGUGCGCGGCCACUGCGGCUCCGUGUCGGCCGAGGUGGAGGCCCUGGCCCUGGAGCUGGGCUGGAGGAGCGUCUUCUUCACCAGCAAGCUGCAGCUGCAGAAACAGAUCAGCCGCAGGAGGAAGAAGAGCCAGAAGCUACUCCGUAAAGACACAGAGAGCUACGAUGUAGACACCAUGGUGGAGCGCAGUGAGGACCCAGAGAGCCAUGUUGCAGAUAUAGAGCCAGGUUCUGAGUUGGACCCUGGGCCGGAGCAGCUCGGUACAGACAUGACUCUUCUUCUUAUUGGUGUCCUUUAGUAGUGGUU